UAGAAGUCGUCCCGCAUAACGGUGUAGUUUAAGUUAGUGCUUCUGCUGAGCUUAAAGAAUGGUUGCUGAAGUUGUGGGGAGUCCCAGUGGCUUAUGGGUGGAUCGCCCGCAGACCUUGGCAGUGCUUUCAGACUUCUUCAUCUUCAUGACGGGCGGUAUGAAUCUGGCUGUCAGCGUCGGCUGGUCGAAGAGCGAAUAUACGCUGCAGUUUCGUAUUUGUUGGUAUAUUGGUGUGGCGAUUGGUGCCUUCAUAGCGCCACCACUGGUGCAAUGGAAGCGGAAACGACUAUACAUUAUACUACCCAACCUGCUUGUUGCCGCUUCUGCCAUUGUGGCCGUCUCUGGCUAUCAGUACUUGGGCGUACUCAUCGCAUCGCGCUAUCUCGAUGGCAUUUGCAUUGGACUGGCGACGGUCUCCUUCAUAACGCAUGUGAGUGAGAUCUCUUCGGAACAUCGUCGUGGUUUCUGUUUGGCCUUCGAACAAAUUGGACUCGCCAUUGGCGUCUACGUACAAAUGCUCUACACUGCACUCUGGAUAACGGGCACGAACUUUAGCCCGAAUCUGCUUAUGGGCUUAUGCAAUCUAUUCUUUGGCUGCAUGGCCGCCUUCUUGACAUAUACACAAAAGGACUCGGCCGUCUUUCAUAUGCGUAAGGGUGAUGAGAACGGCGCUAUAGAAUGCGUCAAUGUGCUCUAUCAACCACCAAUUCUAACGGAAAAUAAGCAAAUCGCCAUAACCGAUAUCAAAAUGUACGUCGCGAUGAAUGACUCGAUGUCGGUGGGUAAAAGCUUCGCCCUCGGUUUAGUGCCACUCAUCAAAAUGACAAUCUACCGCAGCAUGCUGUCAUUCAUCAUAUCGCUGCCAAUUAUGCUGGCACUGAAUAAUGGCGGUAUUAUAAGUGCGCCGAAUGUUAUAAACUGGCAUCCGAUACUUUACGGUUUUCUUGGUCUACUCGGUCCAGUCGUGGCCUCAACAACGCUGGGUGGAAUCGGCCACAAAUGGUUGAGUUUGUUUACCUUACUGGUAGCGGGCGGCAUGUUUCUGGGCGUCGGCAUUGUCUAUCAUGUGGAUGCGAGUUUUUCGGAUGAAGUGAAAAUGUCUAUGGUUGUAGCUAUGCUGAUGGUCGCACAGUUUCUUGGCGGUAUCUUUGCGCCCAGCACAACCGUAUUUCUGGGCGAGGCAUUUCCCCUAAAAGUGAAGCCCUACUUUAUUGGCUUCUGCGUAAUUGUACAAAACAUGGUUGGCUUGAUUAUAGUGUGCACCUACAAUUACAGUUUGUUCCAUGAGUAUGUCUACUGCGUCACCGUAGGCGUGAUAAUGAUGUUCUUCGCCAUUGUCUUCUGCUUUAUGUUGCCCGAAACGCGUCAGAUGAAGCUACGUGAGGCGCAAGAACAGUUCGCGUACUUUUUCAAUUUUAAAGUUUACUGA